AUGGACCGCUUGAUGCUCGACAAGUUCAAGAACGCGCUGGACGACGCGAAAGGCGCGGUGAAGGCGCGCAUGGGCUCCGAGACGGAGCGCAAGAUCGAAGAAGCGCUCUCGAACAAGAACUGGGGCGCGUCGAGCACGCUCUUGAACGAGCUCGCGCAAUUGACCUACGAAUACGAAUCGUACAACCUCAUCAUGAAGAAGGUCUGGGAAGGCAUGGACGUCGAGGCGCGGCAAUGGCGCACGGUCUUCAAGGCGCUCACGCUGCUCGACCAUCUGAUCAAGAACGGCACGGAGCGCGUCGUCGAGAACGCCAGAGAUCACAUGUUCAAGCUGCGAACGCUCUCGGAUUUCAACUAUUACGACGGCUCGGCCGACAAAGGCGCCGGCGUGCGGGAAAAGGUCAAGCAAGUGCUCGAGAUGCUCAACGACAACGACCGCAUUCGCGACGAGCGAGAAAAGGCCAAGCGCCUCCGCGACAAGUACACGGGUGUCGGCUCCAGCGGCAACAUUGGCGGCGGCGGCGGCUACGCGAGCAACUCGGGCGGUUAUGGCAACAGUGGUGGCAGUGGCUACGGCAACUCGGGUGGCGGUGGCUACGGCAACUCGGGCGGCAGCGGCUACGGCAACUCGGGCGGCAGUGGCUACGGCAAUUCGGGCGGCAGCGGCGGCGGCUAUGGCAACAGUGGCAGUGGCGGCUACGGCAACAGCGGCACCGGUGGUUACGGCAACACGGACGAGCGACGAACGAACAGCCGCGACAAGUACGACCAAGGUGGCUAUGACAACCCGCGUCCGAGCAGCCGCACGGGCAGCCGCGAUAAGUACGAAUCGCGCCACGAUGAAGACGAGUCGGAAGAGGAGGUCCGGCCCAAGGCGCGUCGGUCGUCCAAGAAGAAGGCGGCCAAGGAAGCGGAACCCGUGGCCGACGACGAGCCCGUGCGCGCGCCGUCGGCGGCGCCCUCGCUCUUGGACCAAGACUUCUUUUCGACGCCGGCGCCGGCCGUGACUGUGCACCCCGUGGCGGACCCGUUUGCGCUGCCGGCGGCCCCCGCUGCGCCGGCCUUUGGCAAUGCGUUUGGUGGUGCGCCCACGGGCUUUGGUCAGAUGCCAGCGGCCGCCGGCUUCCCGCCGCAGCAGCCCGCGAUGAACCAGUUUCCAGGCGGCUUCCAGAACUUGCCGGCCGCGCCGAUCAUGGGCGGCAUGGCCGCCGGCCAAUUCGGCUCGCGUCCCAGCAUGACACAGCCAUACGGUAGCAACCCGCCGGGUCAGCAGCCGUACGGAAGUAACCCGCAGGGCCAGCAGCCGAUCUACGGCAGCAACAACACCAUGGGCCAGUACGGCCAGCCCGCCGGUCAGUUUGGCGCGCCGCAACAGCAACAACAGCAGCAGCAGCAACCGCCGGCGAUGAAGAAGGAAGAGCCGCCGCGCUCGAACGAUGCGUGGGGCGCGGGCUCCAACCUCUUUGACUUGAGCAACCUCAGCAAGAGCAGCGCGACGACGACAAGCGCGGCCAUGCCGGCCGCCAAGCAGCCGCCGGCGUUUGGCGCUCAGAACAGCUUCAACGGCCUCGACACACUCGCCGGUAUGCCUAACAAGGGCCCUACCCCGAUGCCGGCCAUGGGCGGGAUGGGCCAGACGCAAAUGCGCCCGGCCAUGGGCGGCAUGAAUCCAAUGGGCGGCCAGCCGCAGUACGGCCAACCGCAGUACGGCCAACCGCAGUACGGUCAGCCGCAACAGCAGUAUGGCCAGCCUCAAUACGGUCAGCCGCAGCCCCCGUAUGGGCAGGCGCAAUACGGCCAGCCUCAGUACGGCCAGCAGCAGCAACAGCAGCAGCAGUAUGGCCAGCAGCAGUAUGGCGGCUUCCGCCCGUUCUAA